UCGUUUUUUACGACAUCAUUCGAACGUUCGAACUUGGAAGUGUUUGUUUUCCCGCGCGGGACGCCCCGUUAUCAAAGCACCAAAAGGCGGAGACAAGGAUGCGAGAGACACCCGCCGCGAGGACUCAUCGUUUCUCUCGUCAGAUCACAUCUAAGCUGCUACAAAUUCAUAAUCACGCGUUAUUUUAUUUUUUUGCGUUACUUACGUGAAGUCACCGGUAACCCCGCCCCCCGCUCAGACGAGUCUAACGUGACGCCGGUCGUAAAUGACGCGCUCCCUUCACUGAGAGCUAACUUUAGCUGGACUUGUGCAGCAUGCUAACGUGGGCACGCUGUGAGAGGAGACAGCAGGAGCCAGAGAAAGACGGGAGUCGAUAGACAAAGACGGCGUCACGAGAACAACCGGCUAACCUCUCCUCCAGCACCAUGCUCAUCUGACACACACAACUGAGGGCCGGGCGGGCUUUGCUGCAGCUGAGGAUGAUGAAUGGUCUCUUGCGAUAGAGCUAGAUGGUGUGGGAAUGAUGGACCUCCCUAAUGGCCAAUCAAUCAUCACCACCACCGCUGCAACGGUCUCUGAGAAGAGCAGCAGCUCCGAGUCUCUCAGCGAUAAGGGCUCCUCGGACCUGAAGAAGAGUUUCGACGCCGUUGUGUUCGAUGUGCUGAAGGUCACUCCCGAAGAAUAUGCAGGUCAGAUUACGCUCAUGGAUGCUCCUGUGUUCCAAGCCAUCCAGCCAGAGGAGCUGUCGAGCUGCGGCUGGAACAAGAAGGAGAAGCACAGCUCCGCUCCAAACGUGGUGGCCUUCACCCGCAGGUUCAACCAGACGAGUUUCUGGGUGGUUCGAGAGAUCCUCCAUGCGCAGACGUUGAAGAUCAGAGCCGAGGUUCUGAGUCUGUACAUUCGCACUGCCAAGAAACUGUGUGACAUGAACAACCUCCACGCGGUCAUGGCUGUGGUGUCAGCGCUACAGAGUGCCCCCAUCUUCAGGCUCACCAAAACGUGGGCGUUACUGAGUCGGAAGGACAAGGCGACGUUCGAUCGGCUCGACUACCUGAUGUCCAAAGAAGACAACUACAAGCGUCUGAGAGACUUCAUAAGCAGCCAGAGCAUGGUCUCCUGUAUUCCAUACCUAGGCAUGUACCUGUCCGAUCUGACCUACAUAGACUCGGCGUAUCCCUCCACGGGCAGCAUACUGGAGAACGAACAGAGAUCGAACCUGAUGAACAACAUCCUCAGGAUCAUAUCGGACCUGCAGAGAUCCUGUACCUACGAUGUAACGGUGUUGCCUCACGUACAGAAGUAUCUCAACUCAGUCAGGUACAUCGAGGAGCUGCAGAAGUUUGUGGAGGACGACAAUUACAAGUUGUCACAGAAGAUUGAGCCAGGCACCAGCACACCACGAACAAACCCCUCCAAAGAGGAUAAUAUCGGCCACGAAGCGUCAGCUUCUCCUCACUGCGGCCGCAAAUGUACGAUAGCAGCCGAGGGAACCAAAGUCCCGGCCACGCCGCCCUCCCCCAGGAACCUGCUGCCCUACGGACACAGGAAGUGCCACAGCCUGGGCUACAAUUUUAUCCACAAGAUGAAUACGGUGGAGUUUAAAAGUGCCACGUUCCCCAACGCUGGUUCUCGGCACCUGCUGGACGACAGUGUGAUGGAGAGCCACAGCCCCACCAGGGGACACGCAGAGAGCUCCACUCUGUCUAGUGGUAUUUCACUUGGGAGCAGCGAGGGCUCCGAGCUCAGUGAAGAGGUGUCCUGGCCGGCGUUUGAGAGGACUCGGUUCUAUCACUCUCUGGGCCCAGUGACCCGCGUGGCCCGCAUCCCCUACAGAGGAGUCCUGAGGCCCAGCAGCUCAGCGGAGUCGGAGGAGCUCGCGGUUCACUUGUACCCCGGAGCGGUCACCGUGCAGGGGGUGCUGAGGAGGAAGACGGUGCUCAAGGAGGGCAAGAAACCGACAGUGGCGUCAUGGACCAAAUACUGGGUGGCUCUUUGCGGAGCACACCUCUACUACUACCCUGCCAAGUCCCUGAAGGCCACCGAGAGAAAACAUUUCAAGUCCACGGCCAGUAAGAGCGUGUGUGUGGUGGGUCUGAUGGCCAUGAUGGCCGACGACCCCGAGCAUCCCGACGUCUUCUUGCUGACGGACUCCGAGCAAGGUAACACCUACAAGUACCAAGCGGGGAACAGGAUGAACGCUUUGCUGUGGUUCAAACAUCUGAGUGCUGCCUGUCAGAGCAACAGACAACAGGUGCCAGCCAACCUGAUGUCAUUCGAGUGACCGACGCUGAGGAGUGUGACUGAGCGAAGACGAGAGAGAGAGAGAGAGAGCGGGAGAGAGAGGGAGAUGAUGAUGAAACAGACGACGAAGAAGAGGAGGAAGAUGAUGAUGAUGAGGAGGAGGAGGAUGAGGAGUGUUGUAUCAGUAGUGGGAGCUUUCACUGCCAUGAGCCCUGACCGCCGAUUCUCCGAUUCUUGCCCCGGCCCCACUGCAGCCUCACCUGCCACCACUGCCUUAACCAGAGUACCCUGUGUGCGUGUGUGUGCGUGUGCGUGUGUGUG